UCCUACCUGAACCCGCAGCUCAUCUUCCGCCUCCUCCCCCCGUCCUCCUCCCCCCGUCCUCCCCCAGGUAGGGAGGAGCUGGUUCUACCUUGACAUAGUGUGAGUUGAAAAUGGCGUUAUAGUCGGACUUUAUAGCGCUUUCACCGACACAUAUUCACAGUAAUUUCUGUGUCCACGCGUAUCGGUUUCGGUAUGAGCCAGCCGUCCGGUUCCAACCGGGGACACCGGGACAGAAACGGAGACCACCAUCACCGGGACUCAUCACACGGUUACAGACGGUCAUCACCGGACGACAGCUCUUCCUCUCGAGCCCCGUACUACCCCAGAGAAGGAAACUCCCCUCCCAAACCCAAACAUGUGCGGCAGGUCUCUCGAGUGGAGCCCCACGAGUCUAAAUGCUCGCAGAUUUGCUCCAGGAGAGGCAUCGUGCUGAUCGUCGCCGUGCUGACCAACAGCCUGGUCCUGAUCUGCCUGAUUGCGUCUCAGAUGGUGACGUCGGGCAUGUCCGCCAUGGGCGGGAUGGGCGGCUUCGACAUCAACUCCAACUUCAACAUGGAGGGCACCGAGAUCCAGAAGGCGCGCGAGCUGGACAUCCAGUACAGCCAGAUGAGGGCGCCGGGCAUGUACGGGGGCAUCCCCUUCACCCUGAUCCUCGGGGUCCUCUCGCUGCUGUUUGCAGUCGCCGGGAACAAGCCGCCCCACCUGAUGUCCCGGAAGCUUCUGUACGGAGCGCUGGUGUUCCAGGCGGUGGGCGCCGUGGUGCUCGUGGUGGCCGUGGGGCUUUACCUGCACUUCAUCGUCACCGUCAACUCCACCGACGUGUGUAAGCAGCGCGAGAGGCUGUACGCCCGCAACGGCUACACCUGGAUGAACUGCAGCGUGAGUGGGGCGGACGCGGCCGUGGCUCUGUUCGGGAUCAUCACGGCCAUCCUGUACGCCGUCGGCACGGCGCUCACCUUCCAGACCAUCCGGGGAGUGAGGCGCUACCUGGAGGAGGGAAAGCGCAGAGAGGCGGAAAAACAGAAGGGCCGAGCCGAGGCCCAGAGAUCCCCGCUGAGGGCUGAAACCAUCUUUGUGUGAGAGGCCAGAACAGAGACCUAAUCUGGGGGGGGGGGGUCUGGAUCCCAGAAACGGUUCGCAGGGUUCCCCCGUCUUAGCCGACUAAUCAGUCGUUGUGUUUUUAGUCAUUUAAAAAAAAAAUUCAUUAAGAAUGACUUAUUCCCCAGAAAUCUAUGAGCAAAUUUCUGGUAAAUACAUUUAAAGUUCUGCUUUUGUAUGAUUCUGUGUGGAGAAACUCAGUUUUAAAGAUCUGUCGAUUAAAUCAACUAAUCGAUGCAAUCAUACGAGUCUCAGACAGCUAAGAAUUUCUUUAGUCGAGGACAGCCCUUAACCCUCGUGUUGUCCUCGGGUCAAAGUUGACCCAUUUAAAAAGAAAUGCUUUAUCAGAAAAGUUGGUUUCUUUCAACCAAAUUUUCAAAGCAAUAAGACGGAUUGUUCCACACAACGCUCUUCACACGUUACAGAAAUGAUCAGCCCAAUACUUUCUUUAAAUAUGGAAGUUUUAUGCAAUUUUAUAGCAUUAACAUUUUUGAUUUUUAUGAAAGAACAUUGAAAUUAGUGACAAAAAUGUCCACAAAAGCUUCAAAAUGGGGGGGGGGGGGAAACACCAAAACGUCACAAGGUGCAGAUUUCUUUUUUUAGGGUUAAGAUUAGUGGGUUGACAGGGUUCCUGUUAUAAUGAAGCAGGCUCACUUUUAACCAGGGUAGAUCUCUGUAGAAUAGAUGUUACCAAGUUAUGAUGAGCAUCAGAUCGUUGGCUUCUAUGCAUUAUACAUUUUUUUUCAUGAUAUCUAAACCCAGUUAACUGAACCGGUUAGUAACCAGCUUCUUCAGCUGCAGUCAUCCAGGCAGUGUGGUCGUACUCGAGAUCGGUCUCGGUCUCAAACACUCCUUGAAGGUUUUGUGUCUAAAUCAACUGCACUUCUCCUCAGUUUUGGCUCAGAAAAAAAAAAGAGGACUCUGGAUUUUUAUUUCAAAACCAAUCAAGACCACAGCUGCCUUUUUGAUUAUUUUAUCAAGGCAUUUCUCAUGAUAUGCUUAUCGCAAUUAAAGAGGUGGAUGAAGAAGAAUAUUCAUUUUUUAGUGGGUGUAUUUUUAGUUUUUUUAAAUGGGAAUGCAGAUAUUUCAGAGCAAUUUGAAGAGUGCCUAUAGUUAGCAUUUUCCACAUUUUAUCAUGGCAUGCAGUGUGGGACUAUUGGUCUUGACCCAGUCUCUACACGCUCUGGUCUUGGUGGUGACUUGGUCUCGGUUUAGGUGGUCUCGACUACAACACUGCACCCAGCAUCAAGUCAAAGACUCAUGUUUAACUUUGUGAUACAGGUCCAGUCUGGGAGGAAGUACAUUUUCAUAUGAACCGUUUGUAUGUUGGAUUAGACUGUGUGAACUCAAGGAUUUAGAUAAAUGUUUUUUACAUGUUUACUAGUAUAAUUAUUGUUUUUAUAUCAAAGUGGGGCUUCAUAAUGCAAUGUUUUGGAUACUGAAACUGUACAAGAAUGUAUCUUCUUAUAUUAAAACUCCAUCAACUUGAUCAUAUU